AUGGGAACUGACCACGGUCGCGUGAUUUUGUUCGACUUGAGUCAAGGAAUGGAUUUACCGCCGGGUCGCAAUGCGGGUGCGGUAUGUCUGCAGGCUGUGUUUCGGAGCCCGUUCAAUCGGAUUGAUGCGGUGGUGAAGGUGAGUGUGGUGAGUAAAGGCAGCGGAUGUUUCAACAUCAAUGUGGUGUACAAAAGUGGUUGUUUCCAGGUGAUUCGUGUGGCAGCAUCUACAGGUCGUGGAGGUGCUCCAGGUCGUGGUUUUAUUGGCGAUUUUGCGAGUCAAUUUUGGAACGCUUUGAAGCAGACGAAGGCGGAGGUUGCGGCGGCCGGUGAAGAUCCGCGACGUAGCGGUAUGUUGUUGUAUGAAAGACCAGAUACCAAGAUCAGUUGUUCCGUCGCGGCCGUGAUAGAUGGCCUCAACUCCUGGUCCAAUCAACCCAGUCUGUACAAUAGCGCCUCCCGACCCGUCGCUAGCUGUUGGGCCUACGGAGAGGACUUGAUACUGCGCGAUAAAACCGGUUGGCUAUACUCCUAUAAACUCGUUCCCGAUUCAGUACCCACACCUCUCGGACUCUGGGGAGAUGAGCUACACCCCGUCCACUACGACGGUAUCCAGCUCAUCUGGUCCACAAGAGAUCAACUUGUCUGCGGCCGCAUUCUAGCCAACACUAUUGCGCCUAAAAAUGUACAACUUGGACCCUUACUCCAACUCAGAAAACUACUACACUCCGAUCCCGACCGAAUCGACCCGGAAUCAAACAAACAACGGAGCCCGGAUAUUCUCAUGCUCACCCGAGCGGCACGCCAACAAAAUGAGGAGGGCCUGCUACAAGGACCAGCCAUCCACCAUCAAGUACCUAAAUUCGGACCGCCCACCCCUACGAAACAUAAUCAAUGGCAAGUCAUUCAACUAGGCAGACCAGAUCUGUUUGUGGUCUGCUACUAUACGGAUCUGUGGUACGUCAAACUCAGCGGCGUGUCACUCACCGUUCUCUGCUAUCUUCAAGUCGAAACCACUGCCAAGAGCUCUAUGACUACCAAGAGUUCUAUGACUGCCAAGGAUUCUGGUUCUGUGGCCGACUGUUCGACUCCGCCGCCACCCUCUGCAGUGGAUGACCAAGUGAACGCGAGGGGCGAGUCUCCAGCGGCUGAGUCUCCAGCGGCUGAGUCUCGGGGGCCCGCGGCUGGGGAACCCGCGGAGCCAGCAGCUGCCGGAGGGCUGGCGAGUGCCGGGGGGCCGGGGACAGCGAAUACAGGAGUUGAGGGGUCUUGCGGGGCGGUGUCCCCAUUGCGGUUGUAUGCCACGGAUCGCGGUGCGUCGUUCUUGCUGGGUAUUGAGGAGGAGGUUUGGUUGUUGGAUUGGAGUCAGCAUGGUUGCCAGAAUCGUGUGUGGUACUACCGGUUGCCGCUGCAGGGUGGUGGAUCGCUGCAGGUGGAUUCUUCGUUUCCUUCAUCGGACAUUGAGAACGUAGUAUUGGUGGCAAAGAAGGCGAACCUGUGCAGUUGUUUGUUGCUGAACGGUUGGUCGGGUGUGUUGAGGACCAGUGUGUCGCACUUGGUUCAGUUCCCCCCGACGCUGAUCGACACUUACCGAACCACCCGCUGGCUGUUGAUGUGUAGUAACCGGGAGGUUCCGCUGUUCGGUCGUCUCGAGAACCUUAAGGCGCUCGCCGCCCAGGUCAUCUUGGACGUCUGGAUCCAGCACCUUGAAUCUGUCUGCAACCAAACCCUCCGCGGAGACUUUUCGGCCACCAUCAUCCAGGUCCUCGAAGACCUUGAACUCCAAGUCGCACACCAGCAGGCCAGCCCGACUGGCACAGACACUCCAGUGGCGCCCGCCAGGUGCUUCAUUGACGACCCGAGUUUGAUGGCACAAAUCGUAGACGACGACGAUGAAUGCAUCUCUCCCUCCAGCGCGGCGACCAAACCACACGCCGAGAACGCACUCAUGCGCCGACUUGUUGCCUUUACCGCAGCCAUCGUCGACCUCAUCGUCAACACCGACAAUGCCGCACUAUUACCACAGAUCCUCUCGCUCCGACUCGUCAACCGAGGCGCCCUCGUUUCUUCCGCGUUCGCACUCUCCGUCGAACACCACAUACUCAAAGCCGUCUCCGAUUGUCCGCCCGACACUUGGCUCCAUUACGGCACGGCUACUCGAUCACGUGGCACACACAUCGCCGGCAACACACACAUCGGAACACACAUGGGUGGAGGUCUCUACGACCUGGAAGACUUCGGCGGUGCCGUGGCGGACGUGACGUCCUGUCGAAAGACCGAUAGCGCGACGGACCUCGCCGCAACCGACUUCCGCUCGCUCACGGCGUCGCCCCGUCUGCACUCGCUUUCCAACCUGGCCAGCCCACCCGGCUUGGCACCCGGCUUGGCCAGUCCCGUGUGCCUAGACAGUAACCACGCAGCCGGCCAUCACGCAGCCGGCCAGCAUGCAGCAAGAGCAGAUGCCGACGUCGCCAGGCGGCUGACUAUGUUCAAGGUGGAGCGAUUGCUGGAAUUCAUACCCAUGUCACUGGUGCACUCCUACUACCUUCUUUACACCCAGAAUUUAGACCUUGAGGCCGCGGGAAGCCAAGAGGAUGCUUCGGUGCUGGGACUCUACCCCCACAUCCCGGCCAGUCCGAGCUUCCAUGCAGAGGCACUGCUUCCGCCGUUGUCUCCCACCAACCUGCCCGAGGACCCUGCUGUGAAUUGGGUGGGAACCAAUUUGGCUGGAACGAGUCUUGCAGCAACCAAUUUGGCAGGAACCACGUUAGCUUCAACCAGAUUGGCGGGAACCAACUCGGACCAGGUCCGGAACCAGUGCAAGUUGUGCAAGUUCCGAACGCCGACGAGGGCUCACAGUCUAUACAUGUAUCUGCGCCGGGGGACACGGAGUAUGUGCGGUAAGUGUUUGCAUCGCUUCAACCUCGUAAUGAUGGUUUUGGGUCGCAACGAGAAGUUUGCCAAGAUUAAAGAGGCGUGUGUGCCGCCUAAAUGGUCCUGGAAUUUGAUCGAUCCGAUUGUGAAGCCUACCAUCGGCAUCAGCGACAUCACCUUCUGGAUUCAGCAGGCAAUGAACAUCAAGGACCUAUUUGUAGAGGCCUUGUUUCGGGAGAAGGAGCAACGGUAUGGCGGGGAGGCUUCGGCUAUGGUCAACGCUGCAGGUGGAGGCGUUGCAAAAGAGAACGCAGAGCUUUUAAUUGAGGAACUGGUAGUAAGUAGAGUGGCUGGAAACAAUAACAGAGAUCAAGUUGGAACGGAGAGGGUGGCGAGAGCGUUCGGGCGAGAUGGGGCGCACUUGCAGCCAGAUGGCUCCACCAACGGCCGCCGGGAAGACGACCUGUAUGAUGUUCAUGGACCUUUGGACAUUACCAGCCCACUGGAGCACAGCGACCCAAUUAGCGAUAAAGUAGAGCCCAUUAGUCCCCAGCUGAUCAUCAGCCACUCGAUCAAUGUGGAUGACGCCCUGGCCCAUAUUGAAUACCCUGGCGAAUUUUCUAGCGAUCGUCAAGCGAGACAUUCCGGUCGGCGCCAAACACUCGACCUGCUCACCGAGUUGGACGAAAUACCGCCAGCCGGAUUGGACACGCUUUCUGCGACCGGACCUAGCGACCCCGGCACCGAGACUGAAGGCGCUAUUCAUGACCGGCUAGGAACGGAAUACCGAGGCGGGAAUGUUUUGGAACAAGUGGACACGGACCAGCACGUUUACCGCCUGGAUUCCAAACCAGAUGAGAGCCGUCAGAGGGUCGAGCUUCACUCACAGCAGAAUAAGGCGAAAUCACUAAAAACCGAAUUGGUGAAAACGGAUCUUGUCAAAACGGAGUUUGUCAAGACGGAGACGAGGACCACUCAAAAGCCAUCUUAUACGCCGUCCGGUGCCGCUCCCCGGGGGGCAAAUGCCUUCUUCUGGCUACGGUUGAUAGUUUUGGAGGAACGUCUCGGCUCAGCUUGGGAACGCCCAUUAGACCAAGACGCCUCAGAUCGACGGUACUAUAUGGACGACAUUCUGUCUGGAACUAACUCGGACGUUCUCAUCAUUCCUGCCAGUCCACUAAUUUUGUUUGCCGCAAUUGAGCGCUGGAUCCUUUCGUUGCACACGUGUGCGGCGGCCGCGCAUUUUGAAGAUGUGAUGUCCGAAAGCAUUUUGCUGGACCUAAUAAACUUGUCUCCAUUGCUAGUUGUGAAGUGUAUAGUGCUGCCGUUGGUUGGCUUGAAUAUUGAGUCCUAUACUCCUCUGAUCAUCUUGCAGCAAAUCUGCAACGCUUUGGAAAAGUUUACGAAUAGCUUGACUCCGGACUCUUGGUGCGAGAUUUGCUAUGUGCAGUUAAUCAGGUUCAGUGUUAUUAUAUACAUGAUAGCGGAAGGCUUGUACGUCCCGGAAAGCGACGAGACGACUGGUUUGAUCCAGACAGUCUUAAGUAGCAAGGAAGAUUUGCUCGGAUAUAUCGGGCGAAGUUUAGAGAAGGAAGGAACCGCUUGUUAUAGCGGUCAUGAUUACCGCGGUGGUCGCUGUAGCGGUGGCACGCGCCCUUCUGAGUGGUCAGCUGAGUGUUUGGAGGACAAGUCAAUCAUCGAGAUGACGGCCGCGGACGUGAUCAACGGUGGAUUCGAGCUGGUGUUUGCCAGGAAAUUGAUGGACCAAAUUAACUGGCCGGGGUUUCCGUGCGUCUGCGAGUCUGCUUUGCUGCUGAUGUUGGAUAAGAUGAAUAAGGAGGACGUGGACUCAUUCCUCUCUAGUGAGUCGGUUGAGGCGUGCAGUCGACUGGGUUACCGAAAGGCCGCGAUUAAAAUAGCGGGCAUUCUGCACCUCUACCAAUGUGCAUUCAGCUUUAUGUCUCCAGACGAAGUAUACAGCUACAUAAAGGAGCGGGUCGUUAGCGACAACGCAGAUGAUGAUGACUACUCGCUAGGCGAGGACCGGGCAGACGGUCUUGACGAGGACGGAGAACAGAGACGGUGGGCAGAAGCUUGGAAUGAAGCCACUAAACUGGAAUCGAAUGCGUGUAAUCUACCUGACGAGAAGCUCUCAAACCGCAUAUCGAACAGACUGCCGAGCCCCAUGGACAGCCAUUCCGGUGGACCCUACUUCCAAAGCGUUAGUCGCAGUGGUGGUCUCAGUGGUAGUCUCAGCGGCGGUCUCAGUAUCGAAGCAGAGGUUAUGAGAUUCGUAAUGCUUACUGGAAAUGGUGUGCUGCCAACCACACGAUUGUUAGAAGUAACUUGA